AUGCUCGACCAGAUGAAGGAGACGGCACGUGCAUUGGGGGCGAAUGGUAAAGGCAUUCUUGCAGCCGACGAGUCCAUAGGGACGAUCGGCAAAAGGUUCUCACACCACGGGGUAGAGAACAACGACAUGAACAGAAGAAAAUUCCGGCAGAUGCUGCUCAUGGCUCCAGACAUUGAAAAGUACAUCUCGGGCGUCAUCCUCUUCGAAGAAUCGCUGUACCAGCAAUGCGACGACGGGACGCCUUUUGUGAAGUUGCUGCAACAGCGAGGCAUCGAGGUCGGCAUUAAGGUUGACACGGGCGUCGUUGAAAUCCCCGGGACUUGCGGAGAGACUUCGACGACGGGGCUGGACGGCCUCGCCCAGCGCUGUGCAUCGUACCAAAAACUUGGAGCAAGGUUUGCCAAGUGGAGAUCGGUGCUGAGGAUAGACGAGAGGAACGGGUGUCCGAGCGCCCUAGCGAUACAGGACAACGCAUGGUGCCUGGCGCGAUUCGCUGCUGUCUGUCAGUCAAAGGGUCUGACGCCGCUGAUCGAGCCGGACAUCCUCAUAGAUGGCUCGCACUCGAUCGAGCGGUGCUCCAAGGUCACAGAGAAGGUCCUGGCUGCGGUGUUCAAGGCGCUCAUCGAUAAUCACGUGUGCAUCGAGGCUAUAGUUCUGCUGCCGAACAUGGUUCGUCCUGGUUCGGAGUCUAUCCAGCCCUUUGCUCCUCUGGAUGUGGCGGAGUAUACAGUUCGGACGCUGAUGAGAGUGGUUCCGCCGGCUGUUUCCACCAUCUGCUUCUUGUCGGGGGGGCAGUCCGAAGACGAGGCCACCAAUCACCUUCAUGCUAUAGUCAAGAAGGCCCCUCGGGACAGACCGUGGGCGCUGACCUUCUCCUUCGGGAGAGCGUUGCAGAGCUCCGCUCUCAAGGCAUGGGGAGGCGAAGAUCACAAGCUGAAGGCUGCUGCGGAGGUGUUUACGGAGCGAGCCAAGUUAAACUCAGAGGCAGCGAAGGGGGUGAGAUGA